AUGAACUCAUACAACAAUCCCGAGUCCUGCGGAUGCUGCGUUUGGUCUGAUGGUCGUCUGUACCAACCGGCAACUUGCCACGUUUGCGGAGGCAAUCUUCGAUGGGGUUGUGGAUCUUGCAAGAACACGGGACUCGAAUGGGAACCAUGCCCUCAUUACCACCAGUCCAACGCGACGAGGCGUUCGGCUCAGCCAGCAUAUACUACCACUCAGCAGUAG